UUAAGACAUGUUGUUUUGUUUUUUCGUAAUUUACGGCAUUCAUUAAUAUUGUUUUGAAAACGUCAACAAAAACGUCAAUUGUGGGAUACAGUGAGCCGAACAUGGCAACCAUGAAGGAAAACAGGAAGUGAUCGCUGGCGGGAAAUUCGUUGCAUGUUAUGAAAGCGUAUCACAACUGCUGAAGGCUUUUCAUGGACUAGUUAGCUAGUUCACUGAAUUAAAUCGAAUGUACAAGAUCAAAUUAAGCUUAACGACAAAUAGAGAUUAAUCAUGAAGGAUGACAUGGAUAAAAUCGUCAGUCUGUCAGAUGGAGACAGAACCGUCGAACUUCAGAAAUACCUGUCGUCCCUCUCAAAUGACCAGUUAACCACCGUGUUAACGAAUGGUGCCCUAAAGGGUAAGAAGGUCGGAACCAUGAUAAAAGGCAUAUUUAAAGGCUCUCCAUCCAGUUCCACUGAAGGAUCUACCCGCAGACUUCUUGUCUAUCAACACUGCAUCCCUCUGUGUGAGUCUGGGGAUCUUCAGACUGAAGUGGCAGCUGAUAUCAUUGGACUGCUGAUGCUGGAGACUCAUACUCUGCCCGGACCCUCUCUUGCAAAACUGGCCUCUCUUUUUGUUGAAGCCAUUAAGGUGGGAAAAAUGGGCAGUGGGAAAUCCCUGGAGCUUUUUCCGACUGUGCUGACUGCCCUCUCAGCCUGUGAAGCGUUGUCCUAUGGAAAAGGUGAGCUCAGUGGGGAGGAGUACAAGAAACAGCUGAUCAACAGCCUGUGCUCCAGCAGAUGGGACCCGCAAUGUGUCAUCCACUUGACGACCAUGUUCAGGGAUGUACCCCUGUCAUCAGAGGAGCUGCAGUUUCUGGUGGAGAAAGUCCUGAGGAUGUUCACUAAGCUGGACCUGCAGGAGAUUCCACCACUGGUUUAUCAGCUGCUGCUUUUAUCCGCAAAGGGUUGUAAGAAACAGGUCCUGGAUGGAAUCAUCUGUUAUUUUAAAGAGCAAGACGUUCACCAGGAAGAGGAGCAGAAACACGGAGAGAGCCUGGAUCUAGAGGUCCAGUCUAUUCCUCAGGACCAGUUGAGGCAUGUGGAGGGCACUGUGAUCCUCCACAUAGUCUUUGCUAUAAGACUCGACCAUGAACUCGGGAGAGAAUUCCUUAAAAACUUCAAGACCUCUUACGGGGACCUGUGCCCUUUCAGUGUGGCACUGUUGCUCUCAGUGGCUCGCAUUCAGCGCUAUGAAGAGCAGGUGUUUGACCUUUUGAAGGGGUCAAUCGUCAAGAGUUUCAAGGAUGAGCAGCUGCAGCAGGGGUCCAAGUUCCUGCAGGACCUUCUGCCUGGGCCCUGCAGCGUGGAUCACAUGAUCCUGGACACAGUCAAAAACAGCGUGUUUGGUUGGGAUCAUGUGACCCAGGGGCUGGUGCAGCUGGGCUUCUCCCUUAUGGAUGCAUUUGGACCCAAACCUGGACCAUUUGGAAAGACCAUAGAAGGGGCCUCUACCAUAGCCCGGACCCCCACUCAGCAAGCAUGUAAGCUAGGAGGACAGGUGCUCCUGCAGGGCUUUAAGAUGCACGAGCCUAUCAGAGGCGAGAUACUGGAGCAGGUCUUGAAUCGAUUGGUCACAAAGACAGCCUCACCUGUCAAUCAUUAUUUAGACCUGUUCUCUGACAUUGUGGUCUCUGCUCCCAUGAUUCUCCUGGAGUCGUCUUCCAAGGUGACAGAGACAUUUGACCAUCUGUCAUACCUGCCCUUGACCACUGUUCAGGGUUUACUAAAAGCUGUCCAGCCUCUGCUCAAAGUCAGUAUGUCCUUGAAAGAUGCUUUGAUUCUAGUUCUCCGUAAGGCCAUGUUUUCCAGCCAGCUGGACGGCAGGAAGUCUGCAGUGACCGGCUUCUUGUUGCUGCUGAAGAACUUCAAAGUGUUGGGCAGCUUGGCCUCGAGCCAGUGUAGCCAGGCGGCGUCCUCGAGCCAGGUCCAAGUGGACGUUCACUCUCGUUACAACUCUGCUGCCAAUGAAGCGUUCUGUCUGGAGAUCCUCAGCAGCCUGCGGCGCUGCCUCGGUCAGCAGGCUGACGUGCGUCUCAUGCUCUAUGAGGGUUUCUAUGAUGUACUCCGUCGCAACUCUCAACUUGCCAGCUCCAUCAUGCAGACCCUCUUCUCGCAGCUGAAGCGGUACUACGAGCCUGAGCAGGACCUCCUUCCCCCGGUGAAACUGGAACCAUGCAUCACAGCGCUCGGAGACCAGGUUUUCCUCCAGGAGCCGCUGGCCCAUCUGUUGAGCUGUACUGUUCACUGCCUGCUCUGGCUGCAGAACAUGCGACGAUCUGCAAACCCAAUUGCAAACGACAGUGAUGACGAGGAUGAGGAGAAAGAGGAGGAGGGAUACCAGUCUGAACUAGAGACCAUCCUAGAGAGCAUGACGAGACGCAUGAUCAAGAGUGAACUGGAGGACUUUGAACUGGAUGUAGAAGUGGAAAAGCAGUCUCACUUUGCCAUAGUCAACAUGAAGACUGCGUCCACAGCCACACUGCUGGUCCUGUCUCAGGUUGACCGAGUGUUGGAUGAAGUGGACUGGCUUAUUGCCAAAAAGAAAAGCCAGGCGCCCUCUGACACACCGGGUCCUGGGGGGGCCACCCAGACUGCGGGCCAGCAGGAUCCCAUAGAAAAAGCGGUGAAGCUGCAGCUCGGGACCCUUCUGACGGCGCUAAACGAGCUGGUGCAGACCGCCCUGCUGCCUGGCUCAUGUACCAUCACCCUGCUGAGAGAACUGAGCCGCACCUACACCACCCUCACCACGCUCAUCAAAUACUACAUCCAGGUGUGUGCCAGUCAGCCCGGAGCACUGCCGGCUCGCCUCGAGAAGCUGGUGAAACUGUCGGGCUCCCACCUCACGCCACAGUGCUACUCCUUCAUCACUUACGCACAGAGUGGAGAAAUGAGCGUUGGAGGCGCAGAUGACAAGAAGAAAAAGAAAAGAAAUGAAGUGAACACUGCUGCCUCUGCAAAACUUCUGCGUGAAACAAAAGCCAUUCCUAACGUAAUCUUCAGUAUUGAACAGUACGAGAAAUUCCUCAUCACACUUUCAAAAAAAUCAAAGGUCAAUCUGAUGCAGUACAUGAAGUUGAGCACCUCGAGAGAUUUCCGCAUCAACGCUGCUUCUCUGGACGCAGCUCUGCAGGAGCAGGACGGCAGUCAGGAGACCAACCAGUCAGAGGAGAAGGAGGAGGAGCCCAAAAAGAAGAAGAGGAAACAGUGAGCUAAGAAUCAGCCUCACUGAUGUGGGACUUGCGCAGCUGCUGAAUGGCUUUAAGUCUGUUCUGAGUAACAGAGGCUUCUCCCACACAGUGCUAUCUCCCUCUGUCCAGAGAGCCUCUAGUGAUGUCCAGUAUUUGGUAGAUGUCCAAGGCCUCACCUGUGAAAAGUUUGCACACUUGUAUUAACUCUCUGUUUAUGAUCCUAUAGUUAACUAUAUAUUCAAGAGAAGUUUUCUAAACCAUAGGUACAUGUGAAUUGUUACUUUCACUUUAAGUAAUCAGUUGCUAUUAUAUACAAAGAAAAAAAAAAAUAUGUAUAUAUGUAUAUAUAUAUACUACAUAUAGCAUUCCCUAAGAUGCCCCCACUUGCCUGAACAAAAGGAAGAAGUGGAUACAUGGUUUCCAAUACACAUAAAUGCAUCCCGGAGAGAAACCUAGCUUUGUUUCUAGUGCUGUUUUGUUUUAAAAUAAAUCUUGUUUUCUUUGUUAUUCUGUUCACUUAAACAGUUGUUUAUAUUGUAUCUUGCAUGGCAUUUUACCAAGCCAAAAAUGUUGAUGUAUUUAAUGUUAUCUGCACACAUUUGUCAAGUAUAUGUCAUUUGUAUGCAUGACUUUGUAAAGCAGUGCAAAUAAACUGAAAGCAUACUGAAAA